AUGGGAUCUUUAGACGCCAUUAGCAAACUGGGACGCUCGCUAGCUCGCGGAGGUGGGGAUUUCUUUCUUCGCCUUAACUACAUUUACACUCCAAUAUUUUUGGCAGUUUUAUCGGCGAUUAGUUUCCUUUUAAUUCUUGUGUACGUACCAGUGCCACUUACUGUCACUUCUUCGUGUUGGACGCCUGCCCAUUUUACAGAAGCACACGUCAGUUACGUACAAGCAGUGUGUGCACCUGGUGGACCUGGACAGAAAUACGAAUGGCUAGAACCUGGCGAUAUGAGACAGCCUAACAAAACUGAAAUAAAAAUCCCUGAAACUCCUCGCCCUAACCAUCGCAUGCCGCUAUGGUUUUUAUUUCAAGCUAUACUUUUUAUCGUCCCUAUAUUUUUCUGGAAAGCAGCCAUUGGUCGAACUGGUAUUAAUGUUGAUGACGUCACCCAUGACUCGAAUGAGAAAAUGGUGGAGAAAUUUGUGCGUCAAUUCGACCAAUAUUUUGGAAAUUUGAGGAAGAAACGAGAAAACUUUCCCUGCGCCCCUUUAGACAAUUUGUGUCUUCACAUCAACAAGUUAUUUGGGUUUUAUCUCAUCCUUGUUUUCAUUGUGUUGAAAAUCUGGUACAUUUACAACAUCACUUUACAGUUCAAUGUGAUGUCCUCUGCGUUGGGGCGGGAAGUUGGACCGUCAACCAUUCUGUUCAAGAACAUGACGGCUAAUGCUGCCCCGCAACGGAUCUUAGAAAAUGCUAACGACACAAACAGCACAACACUGAAUGAAAGCGAAAGUCCGUUUUACUUGUGUGAUUUCAGCAUCCGUCAAGUAAGUAACGUUCAACGUUAUACAGUUCAGUGCUUCGCCACGAUACGCCCAGGAUCUUCACCGAGCCCACUGAUGGACGAUCUGUACAAAAUUCUUGUCGUGUGGCUGUCAUUUCUGUUUGUCGCUAACAUCUACAGCUUUCUGUCCUUCUUGGUGACAGUCUGUCGCGCACACGUUCCCAUCAAGCACCAGCUUCUCUUGGCCAGACUCCAGCCGGAGGAACACCAGCGGCAGCUAGCAGAUGAAUUUGUGGACUCUUACUUGACGCAAGAUGGUGCUUUUCUCCUUGGAAUGAUUGACAAGAACACAAACAAAGGGGUCGCCACGGAUAUCCUGGAGGCUUUGUGGGAGCGUUAUCUUACCAAGAAACAAGAAGGCGAUGCAUCGGGUAAUGCAUCCGAGACGGAGAAAAUGUAUCCAAAUCUGCAGCAAGUUUAA